UGUAUCACGUGUUCGUUCUUACUGUGUAUAAUAAUGUGACUUUUGUAAAGUGAUGUUUGAACUAUUUUUUGGCAUUUCUACGUACGUAGGUCAAUAAUAUUUACAACAUUUGAAAGUGAAAUACCGUGAACGAUUUCAAGUAUUCCUGGCUGUUGAAUAAUUGGUUAGAAUGGAAGUUGAUACGAAUCACGAGCUGGAAAUAGCAGAAGUUAGACCACGAGUGUAUGAUAUUCUUCAUCCGACUCCAGUACCAUUGGCACAACUGUCAGCUAUUGUCACUAGCUUCGAAGUAUGGCGCUUUGAAGUGAAUACUCAUCGUAUGAGAAAUGAUUUGUGGGAGUUUUGGACUGCUUGGCAAUACGAGAUCAAGUGGAAAACUAUACUCCCGGAUAUACCAAGUGUGAUUAAUGAUCUAGUCCAAGAAUAUAUCAGAAAGUUGCAAUGUUCAUUAAGGAAUUGGUUCAAAGAUCAUGAUAAAACGGUAUUCAGAUCCAAUAAUAAUUACUCCAACUGCAGCUGUUUUUUGUACGACUUCGAUGAUUUCGUUACAGAUUUCAAAGCGGAUAUUGAUUAUGUUCGGACAGCCGAACGUGUGACGCGUUGUGAUCAAAUUGAUGAUACUUUGAAAUUCAGAAUUGCCUGUGAGUAUUGUCUUGAAGACGACAUCAGACGAAUUUGACCAUCUGUAUGUGAAACAAUGACCUCGACAGCUGGCCAGUUUUAUUACGAUUGUCAACAACUACGGUACUGGUUUGGAAGUCUCACAAAUCAGCAGGAUGAAAUGAUCGUUUUCAAUGGUGAUCUUGUCUCGACUUGUGAAUUAAUAUUCGGGUUAUGUGCAACCAUGAAUAAUAGAUCAGCGAUGGAGUAUUUUUGGAAUCGAAUACAACCAGAUAAGCGACUAGAGAAAGCUACGGAUAUGCUCGAUAAGGAUGAUACUCGUAAAUGUCUUGCCAGAUUCAUUUUGCUAAAACUGGACGAUCAACAGCUUGGUGAAUUCGUUGACGAGUAUGGCGGUUUACUUAUGUCUGAAUUAUUAUCUGGUGAAAUCGACGCCGACGAUGGGAUCGUUAUUAUACCAACGUGGAUGUACAUCAGAAAUUUCAUGAACAAAAAACAGUUUUUAGAUCUUUCCAAAUGCAUGUUGGAAUUGUUAGCAUCCCAUGAUGCCGACAACAAUCAACUAUUUUUUUGUCGAGAAAUAUGGAACAGUGCUCCGCAUAAUUUAAAGCAAUCGGCAGUUACCAAAAUUCUAUCCAGCACUGAAUUGCUUGAUAAGCUCUCUUCUCUCGGUAAUGAUGGUAUGAAAUCAACUCCGAAAUUAGUCAAGUUUCUGUUGAACAUUCUUCCGUCUGCCACUUUCGAUGAAAGAAGCUCAUUCUGGAAUAACUGCUGGCAUUGUCUCAUUGAAGUCGCUCGAUGUAAAUAUUUGCAACAAUUUAUGAAACUGUGCUUUAGAAACGAAGAUCAGAUUGCCGAAUUCAAGGCAAAUGUAAUGGCUAACAGCAAGCACCUAAGUCAGUCGUGUAAUUCAUUGGUUAAGGUUACAAAUUUCAAAAAAUUGAAUGACUUGCUGAAAUUCUGUUAUCCUGAGGCACAACAAGCAAGAAACCGUAAGCAAGAGUUACUUCAGUUAGUUUUGCUCGGUGAAGAUUGUCAAUUUGGUCGUGCCAUUGUCCAAAAUGCCUAUAGAUUGAAUGAAUUCAUCAACGAAACUUACGAUGGCGCUGAUCUAUCCGCGGAGUUUAAAAAUCUGCUCGUGAUGUCCCCUGCGUUUGAAAAAUUUGUGUCUUUGGGUGUUCUCUCGACUGAUAUUUAUGAUUUAUUUGAUAUCAAGAAUUUCGUUGACGAAAUUCAACUGACAGAACAAACUCUAGUGCAAAUAAAAACUCGUAUUAUUGAUUCUUUUAAAGAGAGUUUAACUGGAGAUGGAUCCAGCCGUAACUUAUCGAAGGAGAGGGGUUUGAAUUAUUUUUUAUCGUGGUGUUUGGGAAGUGAUGCCGAGGUACAAGCAUUUAGACGUAAUAAUGCUUUGCUUUAAUAGUCGUUGAAAAAGACAGUUGAAUCUUCUCAGUGCAAGGAAUUACUCGUAUUUUGUAAAAUUUUUCUUCAUCAGUUUAAAAUGUUAUUUUUUUAGUUUAGUUGAGUUUGUACGUAUUCGUUGAAAAUUUUAUUUAGUUAGGUAAUUUGUUUUUUUUUUUGUAUUCUGAUAUUUAACCUGAUGACCGCUUGAGUACAAAGGGGAAAAGUUUGCAGUUUUUGAAACCUCGUGAUUUCUUAAUCCGAUUUUUUAUGUUUAUUUCCAUGAUGUUUUUUAUUUCUAUUUUUAAUUUUUUCAAUGUAAAAAAUUCUUAGGUAUAAUUAUGUACUUUUCUUCUACGUAUUAAGUUUGUGUUUUAUCUGUCAAUAUCAUUUUCUAAUUGGAGGGGGAAUUUUUAAAUUUCCAAUUUUUUGAGUAACAUGUUCGUAAAUAUCGUAAGAAAAAAAAAUAUUAGGUAUGUAUGUAAGGUAAACCCGGGUGAGAUGACGCAUCAUUCUUAGAAUCGUCAUAAAUUCGGCAAAAAUGACUCAAAAAAUUUGAUACUUUGUGAAAAGUACUACGUACAAGUUCUGUACCUGUGGCCACAAACAACUUUUUUUUUUGGUCAAUAACUUUUUGAUUUUUUUGAAAAAUUAAAAAUUAAAAAUUUUUUUUGGCCAUCUCUCCCAUGUGCGUGGGAGAGAUGGCUUAUGGAAUUUCACAUGUAAAUAAUUGAAAACGUAUUAAAUUUUUUUUUUUUUGAAAUUUAAGAUGAGCAGAAGUCUCAAAAGUAGUCUUCUACGUUGGAUGUGUCUAGUGAGCCUAAAUUUUAAACAUUCCAUUAAAAAAAUGAAAAACAUUAUUAUGACUAUGAAAUUUUCAUAAGCCAUCUCACCCUCCAUCCAUGUGUGGCAUCUCUCCCAUUUUGAGACUUUUUCAUUUUUUAUAAAUUGAUCUCACAAAUCAUUUGAUAUUGAAAAAGUUGUAUAGCUCAAAUUAAUCUGUAUUAAAUGUACUUUCCAUUGGACUAUUUGAAAUCCAUUUUCAGAAUGUAUUUUGAACAAAAAUUUUUGUUUUAAAAAUCAUGAAAAUUGAUUUUUAAAAAAAUUUCAUCACUUUUCAACUUCAAGGUUUUCCACAGACCAAAAUAUGUUAGGUCGGUGAAAUAUUUUUGUUGCAUGUAAGGUAGUUGGGUAUAAAGUAUGUUUCUACACUGUUGGAUUUUCGAAUCAGUGUGGCCAACAUACCCAAAUUGAAGGUGCGGCUCUGCAGCAUCUCUCCUAGUGCGGCAUCUCACCCAGGUUUACCUUAGGUGUUUGAUAGCAUGGGUGCGGUUGUCUUAUGUUUGUGAAAAUUGCUGUGAAAAUCAUUAUUAUCUAAUCCUUGUUGAAGUAGCGUUUAUGUCAAUUAUAUCAAUAAAUGUU